CAGUAAAGAGACCAGACAAUGUGUGACAUUGGCAGUGUUUAAUUGCAUGGAGAUGAGGAGCAGUUGUGGUCAUUAAUUAGUCUGGGGAGAGUGAGUGAGCAGAGUGUCCAUGGAGAUGGACAGCUGGGUGGAGAAGGACGUGUGACGUGAACAAUGAAUAUAAACAAGUCUAACAGGUUUACAGUCCAGUAAAUGUUAAGUGCAGAGAAAACGAAACUCUUCUAAGAGAAAAUGACAACGCAGCCUUGAAGUAGGAACUGCUGAUUAUUUGCUCCCACAAUAAAAGCUAUGGAUUCCAAUGAGACAUCUAAUGGACCAAAAUCAAAUAUGUCAAAGGCUUUUUUGAAGCUACCUGCACCACUUAAGAUUGCACUACCUAUCUUUGUUGGAUUGGUGGUGUGCCAGAUGCUUAUGCAACAAAAUCACAAUUCGAGUGUUUUAGAUGAACCACUCCGGAUUAUUUUGGUUGGAAUGACAGGAGCAGGAAGAAGUGCAACAGGAAACAACAUCCUGGGAAAAAAAGUGUUUAAUUCAGAGAUAUCCUCCUCGUCUGUGACUAAACGAUGUGAAAAAAAUAAUGCAACGGUAAAUGGAAGAAAUGUAUUAGUUAUUGACUCUCCGGGUCUGUUUGAUACCAGUCUAACUAAUGAUGAGGUGCUCGACAGAAUUAAACCCUGCAUCCUACUCUCUGCUCCUGGUCCACAUGUCUUCUUAGUUGUGAUUCAGCUUGGCAGAUUCACUGAUGAAGAAGCAGAAGCUGUUAGAAUCAUUCAAAACAUUUUUGGUGAGGAAUCCUCCACAUACACCAUGGCACUGUUCACUCAUGGAGAUCGACUGGAGGGCAAAAACAUUCACACAUUUGUGCGUAACAGCCCCAAACUGCUGAGUUUCAUCAAAAGUUGCAGUGGAAGAUUCCAUGUGUUUAACAAUAAAGAACAAAACCCUGAACAGGUCAAUCAGUUGCUCGACCAGAUUGACAAAGUAGUCACUGGGAAUGGGGGGCAACACUACACAAAUGAGAUGCUUGAGAGAGAGAAAGCGAUAGAGGCAGAAAAAAACAAUAUCCUGAAAGAGAAAGAGGAACAGAGACAGAAGGACACAGAGGCUCUGAGGUUAACAACUGAAGGCGAAGCUUUUGAAAAGGCAAAAGAAAAACUAGACAGUGAAUAUGAACAGAAGGCACAAUGGCAAGCUGAGAAAAAUAUUCCUAUGCAAAAUGGUGGGUUUUCUUUUCUUAAUGAUAUAAUAACUUUUUUUCAAAAGAAACGUAAGUCUUGAAAAGACUGAGCAAAACAUAGGUAGAAUCACAUGCACUAAACUCCCUGCUAAACUACAAUUUAAAUACAUCAUAUAUGCAUCACUAAGCAACAAAGACACAAUGGAGAUAUAGAAACUUGGCAAAAAUGUUACUGGCAUUUUCUAUAUUACAAUCUACUCUUUUCUCAAGAAACACUUUCUACUUUUUUCUGUUUUGUUUGGUUUCCUAGCUGUUGGUAUAUAAUUACAAAGAAAUAAAAUGCUCCUCUUGCUCCU